AUGUUCCGGCGAGCAACGCAAUUACACGUUGCCUCGUCGCUCUUCAGACACCCCGCAGCCGUCCCCUCACGCCACUACUCCUUCCAAGUCUUCCGUGAUGUCCCUCCUCUCCGAAAAUUACGGCGCGGCCUCCUGCUGUCGAAUCGGACGGUAGGCCUCGUGCCUACGAUGGGAGCUCUGCAUGACGGUCACUUGUCUCUAAUUCGCCAGGCCGCGUCCGAAAACACAGACGUCUUCGUCAGCAUCUUUGUCAACCCAACUCAAUUCGGCGUGAACGAAGAUCUCUCCAGCUAUCCGCGAACAUGGGAUGCCGACGUCGCAAAGCUAGAACAGUUGAACGAUGAACUCAAGGGAGAUGGCAAUGGGCGCAUCACAGCCAUUCUGGCUCCCACGGUGAAGACAAUGUAUCCGACUCUCCCACCAACCUCAGAAAUAGACGGCGACGGCUCGUUUGUGAUCAUUACGCCGAUCUCGAAGAAACUUGAAGGUGCAUCGCGACCUGUCUUCUUCAGAGGUGUCGCCACCGUCUGCAUGAAGUUGUUCAACAUUGUCGGCGCCGAGCGAGUUUAUUUCGGACAGAAGGACGUGCAGCAGACCGUCGUCAUCAAGCGAAUGGUCAAGGACUUCCACAUUGAUACUGAGGUGAAAAUUGGUCCGACAAUGCGCGAGGCCGACGGGUUGGCCAUGAGCUCGCGGAAUGUAUACCUGGGCACACGCAGGCGUAAUGUCGGUCUCGUUCUCUUCAGGGCGCUAAAAGCUGCCGAAAGCGAAUACCAGUCUGGAAAACUCGCCCGCAAGGAUAUAUUGGGUCCUGCCAACGACAUCACACGGCAUGUCUUGACGGAGCAGCAGUCCCUGUCACCUUCUGAGCGUGCCAAGUUUGAAGUUGAUUACAUUUCCCUCGCUGAUCCGGAUACGCUUGAGGAGGUGGAAACUGUUGAUCCGGCGAAGGGGGCUAUUCUCAGUGGUGCUAUAAAGAUGGCUCCGCUAGAGGUGACCAAUGCCGGCGAAGACUGUGGCCUUGGAGAUGGAAAGGUUCCAGUCCGGUUAAUCGACAAUUUGAUCCUACAGCCUGUCGGUUAA